UAACAAUAUACUUGGACGGCGUCUUCUGCAAGGCAUCUGGGCGUGACAGCAUAAAGGAAGGCUUGUAGUGAUCCUCCUACUAUUUGACGCCCCAGAAGAACCGGUGCAGUCAAUCUCGAUGGCCGAUGACGAGGGUCAGAAGGUUUUGUUGUACGUGUAUGACCUCAGUCAAGGAUUCGCCGCUCAAGUGUCACAAGCUGUGCUGGGCAAACACAUUGCUGGCAUUUGGCACACAUCAGUAGUGGUCGGUGGUUUCGAGUACUUUUAUGGUGGAGGAGUGCAGAAGGCUCUAGCUGGCAGCACACCGUAUGGGCAUCCUGUCGAGAUAGUAAACCUGGGGCACACGCAGAUCCCCCAGGAGGUGUUGAAUGACUACGUCAACGAGCUGAGCCAGGUGUUCACGCCACAGGCUUACAACCUUUUCACCAACAACUGCAACAACUUCAGCAAUGAGCUUGCCACCUUCCUCACAGGGCAGCCCAUCCCGGAGCACAUCACCAGCUUGCCAUCAGAAGUCCUCUCGACUCCCAUGGGCCGCAUGCUAGCUCCCAUGCUCUCAGGUGUGGAGUCUCAGUUAGGCAAUGUGCAGGCGGGCGACUCACCCCUACAGCUCAAUUCGCCCAUUCCAGGCUUUAUGCUGCCGCAGCUGCAGCAGGGAACUCCUGCGCAGACGGGCCCCUCUGCAAGCAGCAGCGCCGCUCCAGCUCAACCAACACCUCCAAUUAUGACAUAUCCAGUUGCUGCGCCAGUCAAGGAGUCAGCAGGGGCCAGUCGAGCUCCGGCAGUAGAGAAGCAGGAGGCAGCAGGGCCUAGCCGGGGAUAUUCUAUAAAUGACUCGGAUCAGGCAAAGGCAGCACAGAAGGCGGCUUUUGAGGCAGCAGUGCGCGCAGAGUUUGCCCGCAUCAUGGCGGUUGGCAAGAACACUGCCAACGAAGCAGCUGCGCUUGCUGUGGCGGCUGCUCGGCAAAGUCUCGCUCGCGGGCAGAUGUAAUUUUUAUGUUGCAGAUCUGCUACAAUAUGUUCUGCUGUGAAAGCUUUGCCGUGGUGCCAUGGCCAUUGACAUAUUGACUUGAGAAAUGCCUUUAGCUCCAUUUUUUGCAUACGUUGCAAUGUGCUCCGCAGGAUAGCUGAAGCUGCCAAUUGAUUGCAACAAGUCCACCUUGAGUUUGCAUGAGAGUACUCAUGAAUGCAAUGUAAAGUAAUCCAAGC